GACGCCACGACGCUGACGCCUGAGGAUGGCGGCAGCGGUGGUGGCCGUGGCUAUACCCGCGGCCCGGAGAGGGUCAGCACAGUCGCUCAGACGCCGAAGAGCCCGCCGCCCGCGCGAGGUGUAGACGGGGCGCUGCCUGCAGAGCAGGUCCUGCCAGCCUCGCUAGGGAGGAUGCCCCCGUGUCCGUGAUGGGCUGUGGGACAAGCAAGGUCCUUCCUGAGCCGCCCAAGGAUGUCCAGCUGGAUCUGGUCAAGAAGGUGGAGCCCUUCAGUGGCACUAAGAGCGAUGUGUACAAGCACUUCAUCACAGAGGUGGACAGCGUUGGCCCUGUCAAAGGUGGGUUUCCAGCAGCCGGUCAGGGUGCAAACCCCGGCCCUGGUGCCCCCACCACUGGCCACACAGAGCCUCCCUCGGAACCACCACGCAGGGCCAGGGUGGCUAAGUACAGGGCCAAGUUCGACCCCCGUGUGACGGCCAAGUACGACAUCAAAGCUCUGAUCGGCCGAGGCAGCUUCAGCCGAGUGGUACGAGUGGAGCACCGGGCCACCCGGCAGCCCUACGCCAUUAAGAUGAUCGAGACCAAGUACCGGGAGGGGCGGGAGGUGUGUGAGUCGGAGCUGCGCGUGCUGCGCCGCGUGCGCCACGCCAACAUCAUCCAGCUGGUGGAGGUGUUUGAGACCCAGGAGCGCGUGUACAUGGUGAUGGAGCUGGCCACUGGCGGAGAGCUCUUCGACCGCAUCAUCGCCAAGGGUUCUUUCACCGAACGUGAUGCCACUCGGGUGCUACAGAUGGUCCUGGACGGCGUCCGGUACCUGCACGCACUGGGCAUCACACACCGAGACCUCAAGCCGGAGAAUCUGCUCUACUACCACCCUGGCACCGAUUCCAAGAUCAUCAUCACCGACUUCGGCCUGGCCAGUGCCCGCAAGAAGGGUGACGACUGCCUGAUGAAGACCACCUGUGGCACGCCUGAGUACAUUGCCCCUGAGGUCUUGGUCCGCAAGCCCUACACCAACUCUGUUGACAUGUGGGCACUGGGUGUCAUCGCCUACAUCCUGCUCAGUGGCACCAUGCCCUUCGAGGAUGACAACCGCACCCGGCUGUACCGGCAGAUCCUCCGGGGCAAGUACAGUUACUCGGGGGAGCCCUGGCCCAGUGUGUCCAACCUGGCCAAGGACUUCAUUGACCGCCUGCUGACGGUGGACCCUGGCGCCCGUAUGACUGCACUGCAGGCCCUGAGGCAUCCGUGGGUGGUGAGCAUGGCAGCCUCUUCGUCUAUGAAGAAUCUGCACCGCUCCAUCUCCCAGAACCUCCUCAAACGCGCCUCCUCGCGCUGCCAGAGCACUAAAUCUGCCCAGUCCACGCGGUCCAGCCGCUCGACACGCUCCAACAAGUCCCGCCGAGUGCGGGAGCGAGAGCUGCGGGAGCUCAACCUGCGCUACCAGCAGCAGUACAACGGCUGAGCCACCAGCGGGAUGCAGACAUGGUGGGCCCCAGCCUGGCCACACACUGCUGGGCCCAGCGCCCUCUCUAGAGAUAGACCUGCAUGGUCCAGGGUAGGUGAAUGGCCCCAGCCCCUUCUCUGUGCCUUCAGCAGCCCCCAUUUUCACCCUGGGCCUGAACCUGGUGCGACAGAGCGGAGGGAGUCCUGGGCCCUAUGAACCCUGAAUCUGAUUUGGCACAGAUGCUCCUCUUGGUGGACAAGUGCUCUGGUAUAUAUUGGGGGAAGGGCGGGACCUGGCCUUCAGUCUCACCUCUUUCUUGGCUCUCCCCCAGACCAAAGGGGCAUGCACUGCCAGGUAGAGGGUGUCCUGUGGUCUCAGGACUCUUUGGGACAGUAACUUCUGGAACUCCCCUUUCCCCUACCAAGCCUUCUCCCUAACCCCCUGCCCCCAUGUUUCAUGGCAUCCUGACCCUCAUGAUUAUGCUCUAGUGAGAGGCCCAGGUAGGCCCAUAACUUGUGCCUUGGCUGGACUUUCAGCCCCUGGAUAAGUCUAAACAGUCUUCCACCUCCCAGUCCAAAUCUGUCUUCCUUCCCGGUGUCCCCAGGGACCCCUCCUGGCCCCAGAACUUGCCAGGAUCUCUCGUGGGAAGACCGUGGAGUGGUCCUUGGCCCUCUGGACUGUGUGGGUGUGUUGGUAGCAGGCUUGCUCCAGGCUCCAGCCUCUGACCUUGAGGGUUCCUGCCACCAGCCCACCACCCUCAGUGCCUUCUUUGCAGAGCCUACUAUCACCUCACUCUCUCCCUUGGAUGCCCGUUCUUUCUAUUCCCCAGGUGCCUCCUUCCCAACUGUGGGGAGUUAAAAGGAGCCCCACUGCUGCUACCUGGGGGAUGGGGGCACCUGGGUCAAAGCAAAGGACGGGGGCUUCUGAGGGAGAGCCCUAUCCGGGUUCCAGCAUCAGCCCUGGUUCCAGCCUUGGUGCUGCCGGUUGCUGCCUCACUUCAGGCGCUGCUCUUCCCUCCUCUGCAGCUGCACGAAGGCGCCAUCUAGUGUCAGGCACAAGUGUGGACCGCCUAGGAAUGCCCACUGUGCCCUCCUUUUAUCCUCCAAGAGGAAGUGGGAAGGAAGGAGGGUCCUGGGGCUGCUCAACUGUCUCCCCUUCUGCUGAGCUUCUGUUGCAGCUCCCCCUGGAACUUAGCCGUACUGUGUGACCUGCCUCUGAACCCUGAGUGCCUGGGGGCACUGCCCUCCUCAUGGUGGCCUUGCUUGGUCCCCCCUGUCCCCGCUUCUUUUCACAGCAUUACCCUUCCAUCCUGGGCCCCACUGUAUCUCCGUCCGGAGGGAGCCCCAUGAGAGGUGGGUGAAAUUGGAUGACUGCUUUCCCAGAGGUCUGAGCAAGACCAUCCCCCGUCAGUCUUGUGCCUCCCCUCCACCACAGACCAGGGGGCCCGGAGUCCAAGCGCCCUCCCUCCACAGCUGCUCUCUGCAGGUCGGGAGGAGCCAGGGCCCAACUUUAGCUUUAGCUGGACUGCGGGUCCCCUGCCAAGCAGGGAGGGUUUGGCUCUCAGUUCCUCAACUUUUUGCAUGUGCCACCUUCAGUGGGACCCACACCUCAACUUUUUGCAUGUGCCACCUUCAGUGGGACCCACACCUCAACUUUUUGCAUGUGCCACCUUCAGUGGGAACCACGCCCAAAGAGACCACUCUGGGCCACGUCACCUGUGCCUUGUACACCCGUUCGUCUGUCUCCAGUGCUCCUUGCACAAGACGGUGGCAAGCCCAAGUCCCAUGGCCUCAGAAUUCCCUCCACUUCCCCAGGUGCCUCUGGGGAUUUAUUUCCUAUUUUGGCCAGGAUGCACCUGGUCCUGAGGGUAGGACAGAGGGAGUUUGGAGACUUGGGCCUUUGUGAUGCCAUGGACUGUGGAUGGAGAAUGUGCAGUUAUUUAUUUUGUGUACUCAGUCUGUAAAGGUAUUCUCUGUACUCAAUAAACAGGCUGCCUUCCCCAGGGAAAGCUGCCCCUUCAUUGACA